UUUUCGCUUUAAAAAUGUGCAUUUAAAUAUACAUGUAUUUACUUCCUUUUACGAUGGUGUUAAGUUUCAAGUAGGCUAAAUACUUUAAUAAAUGAUUUAUAAAAUGUGUUUUGUGUUGAAUAUAAGUUUAUAUUUCUUAUAUUGGAUAAUUAUUUACUGCAAUAGUAAUCAAGUGUUUGGCUGUACUUCAACAACUUCUACAUAUAAAAGAUCUGGGGAUGAUGUGACCAUUCAGUUUCAAGCAAUAACCGCACACUCUGAAGCCCCUUCACUGAGUGUUACAAACCAAAUAUUGUCGGAUAAUGACCUCCCAUUAUUGUCAGCUUUAUAUAAAAAUGGUGUAAAUACAUUUAUAUCUAGCUGUAACAACUGUACAUUUACCGGUAAUGCUUCUACUGGAGAUCUUACUAUCAGAAUUGACAACUUAAAAGCAUCAAAUAGAGGAACAUACAAACUUUCAGUUACUCAAACAAGCCGGGAAGUAAUGGGAUGUGUAAUUGUCUAUAUCUUAGGUGUACCUACAAAACCAGUAAUUAGACUGGAUAAAAUACCAUUAGAGGGCGAGAGUGCAGUACUAACAUGCAAUAGUGCAUCGGCAACUACACCUAAUGACCCUAACCUCAGGAUGACUUAUAACUGGAAAGUAAACAACAGCGAUGCAAAUGACCAAAGAUAUACUUAUUCUAGCAGUAAAAAUAAACUUACGAUAUCUAACAUUGACAGGAAAGAUGUUAACCUACAAUUUACGUGUACAGCAACAGAAGAUAUCAGUAAUGCAUAUACAUCGGUCAGCAGUGACCUUUUGAAAAUGAAUGUUUAUUAUGCUCCAUUUGUAAAACCCUUCAAAGUUGGGCCGAAAGUUGAAGGAUCUACUUUAUCAGUUGAAUGUAUAGUUGAUCCUGGUAAUCCAAUUUUAACUACAUAUCUAUGGAAAAGAAAAUUAAAUAGUUCGCUUGAGAACUCAUGGUAUGAUAUUUCUGAUUCUUCAACAAUUGGAAAUCAGCUCGUUAAGCAAAAUAUUUCAAAAAAUGAUGCUGGACUCUACAAUUGUACUGCAUCAAAUAAUAUUACACAAACAAGUAACCAACAAAAGACAGGAUCAAGCUCUGAAACGUUUCUCCUCGAUGUUUUAUAUCCGGCCACAGUGUUUGCAUUUGGCGUGAAAGGACAUAAGGGGAUGUCAACUGUGAUUUUGGACGAAAACGAUGAAGGCGUGCAGUUAUUAUGUGAAGUUGACAGCAAUCCAAUUUCGUCUGUAAAGAUUCUAUUUGAAGGCAAGUUUAAGAAUGAAUCAUCAGGUGUUAAUCAUGUCUCAUUCACAUUAAGUAGCGUAUCAUGUCUUGAUAGCGGUGACUAUUCGUGUGAAGGAGGCAACAAAAUUGGAAGGUCUUCUAGAAGGAACAUCCAGUUACUUGUUAAUUGUACACCGCGUCCACUGUUUCGGAUAGAUCAGAAUAUUUCAAGCAUAUUACACGCGCAAGCCAUGAUGAGUUUUACUGCUUUAGCCUAUCCAAAUCCAGGCUCAAAAGGAUUCUCUUGGCAGAAGGAAAAUGGCGCAAACUGGACACCAGUUUUGGCUAAUAGAGAUUUACUGAUAACAUCAACAGCGUUACAGUCUAAUUUGACUAUUCUUAACAUAACAAAGACUGAUUACGGACGGUAUAGACUCAUUGUAAAUAACAGUAUAGGAACGUUCUUCCAACACUUUAACUUAGCUGAAACGAUAUCGGACGAAGGAGAAGGAGCAAAAUGUGACAUUUGUGAUCCUAAUAAAAGCACAAUCAUAACUGGAGUAUCUCUUGGAAUAUUAAAUGCAAUACUUGUUGGAGUACUGGUCACCAUUCUUUAUAGAAUGAAAACAAAUAGAAAAGGAUCGCAGUCACAGGAAGAGAAUGUAAGGCAAGAGGAGUAUGUCAACGUAUCCCAGUCUAAUAUUGCAGAAGACAAAACAAGGAUUAGACAAUAUAGCGUUAGAAAUGACACCGAUAUAAGCAUCGCCAGUGUUACAGCCGAGGGCAACAGAGAGUAUAUGGAUCUUUCUGAAUAUUCAAGGGACGAUAAAAGUACAUAUGAUGAGCUAAAAAAGUAGUCAUGAACUGCAUAAAAUACUUCAUGUGUUUACACGUAAAACACUGAAAUUAUAUUAUAUAUUUUAGCUUUGUACUACAGUGUCUUUAUUUUAAGAUAUAAAAUUGUACUAAUUAUAACAUAUAUUUUUUCACAAAAAGUGCAAGGUCAGAUCCCCUUGUAAUUGUCUAACACUUUGGUUUUGUAUCCUGAAUAUCUUAUUAAAAGCGAUCCCUCGGAAGCAUUAAACAACAAAAUUACAUGAAAUCUGUAGACUCGGUUUAAUUGAGUCUGCACACAAGAGAUAAUAAAAAAAGGGCAUCAAUAAAUUCUUCAUUAUGCCUACAUAAGAAUUUAAAAUUGAUGCAGAAAAUCCUAUCUGUUCGUUUUAUUUAUAUGUAUUUGCAUAUUUUCAAUUCGUGACGUAAGAAAGUUCUUAACAACAAUAACCUUGAUAGUCAUGUAUAUAACCUUUGAUUUACGUUCAUUUUUACGACAUAUCUUGUUUGAAUUAUCUUUUUGAUGAUGCGUAAUGAUAAUUGUAGCUGUUGAAAAUGUUGAUAUUACCUUAUAAGGUAUAAGUUUAUCUAUAAUUUCUAUAAAUAAUAUUAGUUUCAUUCGGAUAAAUGCAUGAAUGAAAAUAUAUUUCCUUUACAUUUAGGAGUAUUUCAUAAUUUUUGUUUGUACAAAAAGUUCAAAUUUUGUAUAGACAUACAAGUAUUAUUUUUAUAAUUAUUAUUCUUAUUUCUUCGUUGUUAUUAUUAAAUCAGAGGGUCGUACAUACAAUAAGUAUAAUUGCUCUCUUUUUGUGUAAACUUAAUUUGUUACCUUCUCUAAAUGAAGAUUUCAUCAUUAUUACACGCAUUUGCGAUACACAGAUGAUGAUCCGUUAUAUUAUCAGAGAAACUAUGUUGAGAAGUUCAAGUUUUGUUGUACACGUAUUCUUCACGUAUUUAGAAUUUCGAAAUCCAAUGUCUUGGAUUUGUUACCGAGAAAAUACAUGUACUAUACGAAUAUUGCAAAUUCUAAAUUUUCUCUGGAAAUAAAAAUGUAUAUUUAUCCAUAUUCCUUCCUUAAUGUUGAAAGAUCCUGCAUGUUUGUAAUUGAGUGUAUACCACUCAUAUGGAUAAAAUUAUGCUAAUACAACAAUUUUCAAACAUCGAAGAAUAUGUAAAAUAUGUACUACAAAUAUUUGUACAUUUUAAAUGUAAUCAUUAGAUUAUAUGCAUUCAUUUCUUAUUGGAAAAUUUGACUUAGAAUUUAUAGAAAACAAAGUUUUUAUUACCUCCCUUUAUUUACAUGAAAUAUUAAAUUCGGUAAUAUCUUUAUAAAUAAUACUUUUUGGAACUUACAAUAAUGAUAAAUCAUAAUUUGAGCAUCAUAUUCUUUUUAUAAAACCAUGAAAAAUUAUGUAACAGGAUCUUUAAUAAUAAACAACAUUGUUUUUUGCCAAUUAUGCCUCAAGUAUUCAUUUAUUUAUCAACUAAAAUGCUGUCGCUUUUCAACGAUCUACAGAAACAAUAUAUUAAUAUAUCUAAUAUAAUAACAAUUUAGUAGCCUUUAUUGUUCUGAUAUUUCUGUACAGAUUUGUUUCAUAAUACAAUUUAUCUUUUAGCCAUUUUUGCUGAACAUUUUCAUUGUUCUUAUAGUGAAACAUUUUAGUAUGUUGUAUUCUUUGUUUCACCUAUUUUAACAUUAACUUUUCUAUAAUAUGACUGUCGACAUUGCAGCUCAUUCAAUUCUUUGUUUAAUCUCAUAGGAGUAUAUAAGAUAUCGUUUUUAGUAAUUUUCUCACAUAAUUAUAAUCACGUUAAGGUAAUUGUGCGGAAACGUGAUUAAUUGAUGUAGACAAAUGACUGCGGAGAAAAGAUUUUAUCACAAAACAUUUUGCAGUGAAUGAAACAAUAAACAAAGCCCCUUUUCCCAAUAGACAAAUUCUGCAUGUCUGGCGGCAAUGUGGACAAAGUGUUAAAUUAGCGAAAGAUGAUUAUUAUGACAUGAAAUAAAUAUUUUGAUUUAAAUGAUAACAAUAUCAUAAUUAAGUUAACCAACCGUUAAAAAUGCAGUAAUAAAAUCCUAAUAUGGUUGUCCUAUACAUCAAGAGUAAUCGUAUAGCGUCAGAUCUAUUAAGGCUGGAUUAAAUUCCUUAAGAAAAAAAAAUGUUUACUUUGUGGGGGUUUUCUUUUCCGCUGGUCAAAGAAUCAUGCGCUUUUAUUGAAAUGAAGAACAACUACAGUCUUGGUUAUUAAAUUAAGAUAUUUUUAUUGUCAUGACAAAUCUAGAGUGGCAACCAUUUUAUCAAUAAAGAAGCCUUGCUUUCAAGAAAAAUCGGCUUUAACGUCAUCACAAACUUAAAAUGAAUAUUGAUCUAAAACGUCGUGUUUAUUACAUUUUAUUCAGAUAAUAUACAACCAAGCAUUAGAAUCAGUUUCGAUUGAUAGAAAGGUAUAUUAAAAUGAAAUAAUGUAUUUGAGAAAAAAAUAUACUUACUAAUGUAUUGUCGAUAUCUUCAACAUUUUGUAAGAUUCAUACGUAAACGAUUAUUCAUUCAAGUGCUGUUUUUUAUGAAAUAUAUGUUUUUGUUAUGUCCUUUGUAGACAUCGACUGUUGAUUAGGGACCACAUUUUUUGUUUACAUUACUUUAUAUUUAACAGUUUAUGUUGAUGUGCAUAAAAAUUGGAUAUCGAAGAUAGACAUCGUUUUUUUCACUACAUGAUAUAUACUGUAUUUUAUAUUUAUUUAUUAUUUAUAAAUUAUCAUUAAAUAUACCGGUACAUGAUAUU